GGGGAGAGCUCAGCCAGCCCUGCAGGGCGAGCAGUCCAGCCCUGGGUUCACCGGAGCUUAAGCGCUGCAGCAGGAAAACUUCCAUCUCUCUCUCCUGGCUUUGAUCCUCACUGGACAUCAGACCAGAGGCACCGAAGGGAGGGAGGAUGCGAGAUGAACGGCCCUUUGGCAACCUGACCAUCGACUUAGCAGAGCCUUCAAAAGCGAGCUGGGGGCAGGCUGCACCACCAAGGAGGCGCCGUGCCUCUCGUGAAUGUGUGUGUGUGAGUGAUCCAGCGAGUGUGUGUGCGGGUGAGUGAGGGUGUGUGUGUGUGUAUGUAUGCGUGUGUGCACAUCAUAACUGUGUGUGUGUCCGGGUGAGUGUGCGCGUGCACGCGUGAGUGUGUGUGUGUAUGUGUGUGGGAGUGCAUGUGUGAAUGCUCUUGGUUAUUAUUAUUUUUUUUGGAAGAAGAAAUCGUGAAAAUCUGGGACAGGUUACUGUGCUCGUAGGGUGAUUCUUCUUUUGCCAGAGGAGCUGACCGGAGCAAGCUACUAGAGCCUUUUCUCGGCGAGUAAAGAGAAUUUUCCUCCCAGAAGGAGAAAGAUUCUUCCCUGCUCUGCAGCCAAGUGAAAGAGAUUAGCCCCUAAACCUGUGAAAUCGACCAGAGCCGUGUGAUUACCAGGGCUUGAGAGAGGACUUGGGAAGAAAAAAAGAAAUAAAUCAAACAGCCUGUCAGUUCCUUUGGCCACGUCGGAAGAUGUCAUCUCAAACUAAGUUCAAGAAAGACAAAGAGAUCAUUGCUGAAUAUGAAGCCCAAAUAAAAGAGAUCCGCACGCAGCUGGUGGAGCAGUUCAAAUGUCUGGAGCAGCAGUCAGAGUCGAGGCUGCAGCUGCUUCAAGACCUCCAGGAGUUUUUCCGCCGGAAAGCUGAGAUCGAGCUCGAGUACUCCCGCAGCCUGGAGAAACUGGCCGAGCGGUUCUCCUCCAAAAUCCGCAGCUCCCGGGAGCACCAGUUCAAGAAGGACCAGUAUCUCCUCUCACCUGUGAACUGUUGGUAUCUGGUUUUGCAUCAGACUCGGAGGGAGAGCCGAGACCAUGCCACCCUCAAUGACAUCUUUAUGAACAACGUUAUCGUUCGCCUCUCCCAGAUCAGUGAGGAUGUCAUCAGACUUUUCAAAAAGAGCAAGGAGAUCGGCCUGCAGAUGCACGAGGAGCUCCUGAAGGUGACCAAUGAGCUUUACACAGUCAUGAAAACCUACCACAUGUACCACGCGGAGAGCAUCAGUGCAGAAAGCAAGCUGAAGGAGGCUGAGAAGCAGGAGGAGAAGCAGUUCAACAAGUCGGGAGACCUCAGCAUGAACCUGCUCCGGCAUGAGGACCGGCCCCAGCGCCGCAGCUCUGUGAAGAAGAUCGAGAAGAUGAAGGAGAAGAGGCAGGCAAAAUAUUCUGAGAACAAGCUGAAAUGCACGAAGGCCCGGAAUGACUAUUUGCUGAAUCUGGCAGCCACCAAUGCAGCUAUAAGCAAAUACUACAUCCAUGACGUCUCUGAUCUAAUCGAUUGCUGUGAUUUGGGCUUUCACGCCAGCCUGGCCCGCACCUUCCGGACCUACCUCUCAGCCGAAUACAACCUGGAGACCUCCCGCCACGAGGGGCUGGACGUCAUCGAGAAUGCAGUGGACAACCUGGAUUCCCGAAGUGACAAGCACACAGUCAUGGACAUGUGCAACCAGGUCUUCUGUCCCCCACUCAAGUUUGAGUUCCAGCCCCACAUGGGGGAUGAGGUGUGCCAGGUCAGCGCCCAGCAGCCUGUCCAGACGGAAUUGCUUAUGCGGUACCACCAGCUGCAGUCCAGACUGGCCACUCUCAAGAUAGAGAAUGAGGAGGUGAGGAAAACCCUGGAUGCCACCAUGCAGACGUUACAGGACAUGCUGACAGUGGAGGACUUUGAUGUCUCCGAUGCCUUCCAGCAUAGUCGGUCUACAGAGUCCGUCAAGUCAGCUGCCUCCGAGACCUACAUGAGCAAAAUCAACAUUGCCAAGAGGAGAGCCAACCAGCAGGAAACGGAAAUGUUUUAUUUUACGAAAUUUAAAGAAUACGUGAAUGGCAGUAACCUCAUCACCAAGCUGCAGGCCAAGCAUGAUUUACUCAAGCAGACCCUGGGCGAAGGCGAGAGAGCAGAAUGCGGCACCACCAGGAUUCAGGACAAGCUAUACCGCUUGUAGUCGAGAGCUGCAUUCGAUACAUCAAUUUAUACGGACUCCAGCAGCAGGGGAUCUUCAGAGUGCCAGGAUCUCAGGUUGAAGUCAAUGACAUCAAAAAUUCCUUUGAGAGAG